CGCCCACCGCCCGGCCUGGGCAGCGGGGCCUGGGCCGCGGGCCACGGACAAAGGGCCAUGCGGGGCGGCGGGGGGCCGAGGCGCCGCUGAGCGCGGGGGGCGCCAUGCCGCGGCUCCCGGUGAAGAAGCUCCGCAAGCAGGUGAAGCUGCUGCUGCUGCUGCUGCUGGUCACCUGCGCCGCGUGGCUCACCUACGUGCACCUGAGCCUGGCGCGCCCGGGCCGCGCGGGGCACCUGCGGCCGGGGGGGCGAGAUGGAGAGAGGCUGAGCGGGGUGACCGACAGCCGUGGAGCCCAGGUGGGGCUAUCCACACAGAGGACAGAGGACUCGAGUGAGAGCCAUGAGGAGGAGCAGCCUGAAGGCUCAGACCCCAGCCUUCACUUUCUGGGGGGUGCUGGCAGGCCAGCGGCCCUGAACCUCACACAGCAGGCACCCCCAUGGCAGGAGGAGUUCAAGGGCCAGGCCAACCUGCACGUGUUUGAGGACUGGUGCGGGGGCGCCGUGGGCCGCCUGCGCCGGAACCUGCAUUUCCCGCUCUUCCCGCACACCCGUACCACUGUGAAGAAGUUGGCAGUGUCCCCCAAGUGGAAGAAUUACGGACUCCGGAUUUUCGGCUUCAUCCACCCGGCGAGAGAUGGAGAUGUCCAGUUCUCGGUGGCUUCAGACGACAACUCUGAGUUCUGGCUGAGCCCUAGCGAGAGCCCGGCAGGCGCCCAGCUCAUGGCCUUUGUGGGCAAGACUGGCACUGAGUGGACGGCGCCCGGAGAAUUCACUAAGUUCAGCUCCCAGGUGUCCAAGCCCAGACGGCUCCUGGCAUCCCGCAGAUACUACUUUGAGCUACUGCACAAGCAGGACGACAGGGGCUCAGACCACGUGGAAGUGGGUUGGCGCCCCUUCUUGCCUGGCCUGAAGUUCGAGGUCAUCGGCUCUGCCCACAUCUCGCUGUUCACAGAUGAGUCCACCCUGAAGAUGGACCAUGUGGCCCAGGUGCCCCAGUCUCCCGCCAGCCACGUGGGGGGGCAUCUGCCACGGGAGGAGCCUCGAGCCGACAUGCUGCGGCCGGACCCCCGAGACACCUUCUUCCUCGUCCCUCGGGUGGAGCCCUCGAGUCUGGAGGACGUGCUGGAGCCCUGCGCUUACGCCCCCACCUACGUGGUGAAGGACUUUCCUAUUGCCCGCUACCAGGGGCUGCAAUUCGUGUACCUGUCCUUCGUCUACCCUAAUGACUACACCAGGCUGACACACAUGGAGACGGAAAACAAGUGCUUCUACCGUGAGUCUCCGCUCUACCUAGAAAGGUUUGGCUUCUAUAAAUACAUGAAGAUGGACAGGCCAGACGGGGAGGACGAAGCGGAGGAGGUGCAGCGUCGCGCCUUCCUCUUCCUCAGCCCCGAGGACUUCCUGGAGGACGAGGACGAGGGCGAGGGCGAGCUGCUGGACAGCCUGGAGCCCAGCGAGGCGUCGCCCCCGCAGAGCGGCCAGCAAGCACCCGCCGCCCCCACCGCGGAGACCCCCAGUGCGGCCCCUCCUCCCCGGCGCUCCCGGGCGCUGAGCUGGGCCGCGCCCCCGCGCCCCCUCUUCCUGGGCCGCGCCCCGCCCCCGCGCGCCCCCGCCGGGCCGCCCCCCAAGGUGUACGUGACCCGGGUGCGGCCCGGCCCGCGCGCCCCCCCACGGCCCCUCGGCCCCCGCUGGCCGCCCUUCCUCCUGCACCCCGGCCCCCCGCGCCCGCCCCGCGCCCCCCGCCGGCCGCCCCCGGCCCCCAGCCGGACCCUUGGACCCGCGCCUCCCACCACGGACCCCGACUCCUCCUCCGAGGCGGCGCCCGUGACCUCGUUCCUGAGCCUGUCCCAGGUGUUGGAGCCGCGGCCGCGGGGGCGGGCUGAGGCCGAGGCGGCCCCUGACGAGGCCUCGGAGGACAGCGCGGAGGAGGCGGUGCCGCAGGGCCGCUGGCGCGAGGAGGCCAUCGACUGGCAGCGCACCUUCAGCGUGGGCGCGCUGGACUUCGAGCUGCUGCGGUCCGACUGGAACGACCUGCGCUGCAACGUGUCCGGGAACCUGCAGCUGGCGGAGGCCGAGGCGGUGGACGUGGUGGCGCAGUACAUGGAGCGGCUGCACGCGCGCCAGCAGGGGCGCUUCUCCCUGCUGCGAAUCGUGAAUGUGGAGAAGCGCCGGGACUCUGCCCGCGGAAGCCGCUUCCUGCUGGAGCUGGAGCUGCAGGAGCGCGGGGGCGGGCGCCGGCGCCUCUCGGAGUACGUCUUCCUGCGGCUGCCCGGGGCCCGCGUGGGCGACGAGGACCCGGACGCGGAUGGGGACAGCUCCGAGCCGCCGCCCGCAGCGACCACGCGCCCCGACGGCCGCCCCGAGCUGUGCCGCCCGCGGCACCUGGCCUGGAGGCAGGACGUGAUGGUGCACUUCAUCGUGCCAGUGAAGAACCAGGCCCGCUGGGUGGCCCAGUUCUUGGCGGACAUGGUGGCGCUGCGCAGGCGCACAGGGGACUCGCGGUUCAGCGUCACCCUGGUGGACUUCGACAGCGACGACAUGGACGUGCAGGGGGCGCUGCGCUCCGCGGGGCUGCCGCGGUACCAGUACCUGCGGCGAACCGGCAACUUUGAGCGCUCCGCAGGACUGCAGGCUGGUGUGGACGCCGUGCAGGACGCCAGCAGCAUCGUGUUCCUGUGUGACCUGCACAUUCACUUCCCACCCAACAUCCUGGACUGUGUCCGCAAGCACUGCGUGGAGGGCAAGCUGGCCUUCGCGCCCGUGGUCAUGCGCCUGGGCUGCGGGAGCUCCCCACAGGACCCCCACGGGUACUGGGAGGUGAAUGGCUUCGGGCUCUUCGGUAUCUACAAGUCCGACUUCGACCGUGUUGGCGGCAUGAACACGGAGGAGUUCCGGGACCAGUGGGGAGGCGAGGACUGGGAGCUCCUGGACAGGGUCCUGCAGGCAGGGCUGGAGGUGGAGCGUCUGCGAGUGAGGAACUUCUUUCACCACUACCACUCCAGGCGCGGCAUGUGGACCCAAGGCCGCAAGGUGCCGCGUGGUGGGGGGGGACUGAGGGCACCCAGCCCGCCACUCCCUCAGGACGGGCAGCCUCUGCACCGACAGGCCCCCAUGCCCGGGCGCUGAUUUCUGUGAAAUUUCGCUGUAGGAUGACAUUGUUUUCAGGAUUUCUGAGAGUUCUGUCUGUUCUGUUUUUUAUUCAAAAUGAAAUGAAAUAUUUUUUUUAGUUCUGA